CUCAGCAUGUGACUAUUAAAACGUCUGACAGGUAGAACAAUAUUCAUUCGUUAAACGAUGGCUUCCAAUUCGUAUUGUGACCCUUGUUCAGAAGAAGGAAAAUCAAUAGCGGCAAUAAGGUUUUGUUCAGAUUGCGAAGAGCGUCUUUGUAAAGAUUGCGUAGAAUACCAUAAGAAAUUUAAAGCCACCAAGUCCCACCAUUUGAUGGACUUAACAUCAAUUUUGAGAUCGAAAAUACCGAUUGCCAAGAGCUUUUGCAAUGUUCAUCCAGAUGUACCGCUAGAUUUUUACUGCACACAACACGAUACAGUAUGUUGUAGAGUAUGUAUGCCAUCUUCUCAUCAAUCCUGCAAGGAUGUCAUUCCGCUAGAGAUCGCUUCCAAACACAUAAAACAAUCUUCGUUAUAUGAAGACACAUUAAGUGAAUGGCAAAACAUUGUUAAAACUUUGGAUCAUUUAAAAAAGGAUCGACAUGGUUAUGCAGAUGAAUUAGAAACAGUAGAAACAGCCAUAUUAGUAGAGAUCAACAAAUGGAAAAAAUAUUUAAUUCAACAAAUCAACACUUUAGAAGAAAAACUGAAGACAGACCUCUCAAAUGCCAAGAAGAAAAUCUUAGAUUUAUAUGGAAAAGGUGAUUCUGAAAUAUCAGAACUGUAUGAUGUUGUGCAGGAGAGAAAACAGAACUCAAGGAACAUGGAUCAAAUAAUCAGUUGUACCUUACUCUUGGAGAACAAGGAAAAGGAGUUCAGGAAGUUAUUAAACGGGUGCAGGAUAUGACACUGUCAUACAAAAAGACAGAUUUAAAAUUUAAGAAAAACAGUGAUACUGAUAUAAAAUGUAUUGGAUCGAUAGAAGAAGUUAGGACGGCACGUGUCAUUCAGUAUAGUCCAGUAAAACUACAGCAAGCUCAGGUUCAGCCAGUAAAAGUUGAAUCAAUGCUAACCUUCAAAAAGGAAAUAACAGAACAGUUAUAUUUAGGGAAGCUCAUCACAGAUGUAGUUGUUACUGAAGACAAUAAAUUACUCUUGUGUGACUUUCAGAAAGAACGAUAUAACAUAUAUGUUUUCAAAAUAAAUCAACAAAACCUAGCAUACAACACAACAUUAAGUGUCCCCAGUGGUCCAUAUGGAAUUUCUAAAUUAACUGGAACCGACAAAGUAAUUGUUACAUUGCCAUACAAGUCUUAUGUACAAUUUAUCGAUACAAACACUUUGACGCUGGAUAAAACCAUCAAAGUAGGUCGAGACUGCUUUGGUAUUACGACCACUGGGGAUUAUAUUGCAGUCGGUAAAAUAAGAGAAAUCAAAAUAUUCAAAUCAAAAGGAGAAAACAUCAGGAACAUUGUGUUAAGCGAUUUAUUAGAUGAUUCUAAGUAUGUUAGUUCUCUGCACUACAAUCAUAAUGAUGGCAGCAUAAUUUAUAGAAAAAUGGGACUGAUUAGUCGUAUUCAGUUUGACGGAACAAUAUCAUAUAGGUAUGUGUUGUCAGGAGAAGCAGGUUUAGCUGUUGAUACACAAGGACAGGUGUACGUGUGUGAAUUUGAUCGAAGUGAGAUUCAACGUUUAUUACCAGAUGGACGAGUCCGUGAUGUAGUGAUGACUUAUAAGGAUGGAAUUAAAGAUCCAUUCGCUAUUGCGUUUAAUGAGAGAUUUACCAAAUUUGUUGUUACAAGUAUCAAUGGCUUGGUGCAGAUCUACAAUUGCAAAUAGCUAGCUUUAUGUUAAACUUGAUUUGAAUACUCUUAAGUAUUUUGAAUUGCAUUAUAAUUGCUACUCUUACAUUAAACAUUUCAGUAAAAUGAACAAUAAUUCAAUUUAAUAGUGUUCUUCUAAAAAAAGUGACUGCAUAUAGCUCUGCUUAGUAGUUGAGAAUUGACCGAUCUUAAUAUUGCACUUUCUAAAAAAAACGUGGGGGUGUGGUUUUGUUGAUUAGUAGAACUUUAAUAAGAAACAGGAACAUGUAAAGAAUUUUAUAGCGUGAAACAUACGUAUACAUAUGUGAAUGAUAUUUAUAGAUAAACAAUGGUUUCAAAUGCCAACAGGUCAACGUUUUGAGAAGGGGUCUUCUCAAUGUUUACAACUACUACAGGCAUUUAUAAUAUUUUUUAAAAAUUUAUUUCAUUUUAAUUACUGUAUAAAACUUUUAUUUUGAAUGAUUUGCUACUUUAUUGGCUCUGUUUAGGUGGAACCGUUAAUUUUAACACUAAUAUUUAGAUUUGUUUUAAUUGACUGAUAACAAAAUCAAUAUUUAUACAAUUAUAAUAGCAAUGUUCAAAGAUCUAAUUUCAGUGUUGAAUUUGUAAUCAUUUGGAAUAAGUUUAUUUAAAGGAAAGAUAAACGGAUCUUUUCUAAAUCAACGGGCUCGAUAAACAACAACACCCGUUUUUAAUUAGUUUUCUACAGGUACAACCAAACUCCCAAAACAAAUCUUUCUAUCUAUGGAAGAAUUUAGUAAAAUUUUAAGUGAAUUGUAGCAACGAAAUCCUUGACUCAAUUUUGUACCAGUAGUAUAUAGAUUACGUUCAUUGAAAUCCAAAACGUCACUACUGACACGGACUUGGCGAACGAGUUGUUAUUUAUAUAAACACCGUAAGAUGUGCCAAAGGAAUAUCGCCGUCAAAAAAAGGAACAUUAACAAUAGGGACUGAAAAAUCGUCUAUUUUGUGGUAAAAUUGUUUAUAGAUCUUCCCGUGUAGAACUGAAUAUAAAAAUCUUGUAAAGGACAGUUAUUAACGUUCAUAUUUGAUGUUGGAAAAUUUCGGCAGUAUAUUUAGAAUAUUAUUUAUUAUUUAACGAAAAAUGUUAUCAAGAUCACGGUAAAUGUUGUUGAAAUUAUCAAUUAAAUGCAAUUUAGACGGGUUUUUUUUUCUGAGUUUGGCCCUAAACUGUGAUUCAUUACAGUACAAAAACACGAUUUAGGAGACAGAUUUGUAAAAGCAAAUUUGCUUGUUUCUGAAUCCUUAAUAUUUAUUUCAAUUGUAUCAUAUCGUUUUUUGUGAUGAACUAUCUGAAUAAAAUAUUGUUUAAACUAAAAACAAGUCUGCUAUUAAAGGGGAACAAUUGGUAC